GAGACUUACUCCUCCGUAUCCCUAUACGCCAACUCAUCUGGAUCUGUACCCGAACAGCCGGUGGUCGAUUUCAUGGAUCCUGACGCUUGCGAUAGGGUUAUAGUCCAUCACCAGCUUAAGGCGAUGUCGGAGGGAUCGGAAGAGGAGGAGGAAUCGGAGGAGGAGGAAUCGUCGGAGGGAUCGGAGGAGGAGGGCGAAUCGGAGGGGGAGUCGUCGGAGGGAUUGGAAGAGGAGGCCGAAUCGGAGCAGGAGACCAUUAAGCCAAAGAUAUAUUUAGGACCGCCGGAGGGUUUUGAUAGUUAUCCAGAGAACAAAUACGGGAAGAGAUCCUGUCAACGCUGCCAAAAGCUUCGAGAGCGGGAGUUCAAACCCAAGGACGACGAUUGCAAUUAUUUAUAUGAUAAGGACGAUUUUGAGGGCGACGAAGAGCUUAAGCUGCGGGUAAUCCAUCACAGGAAAAAGAAGUGGAUCACCGGUGGAUUUUAUGCGGAUUGCCAGCCAGCAUACACUAGAUACGGAGGCAUUUACCACCAAGAACAUCACUGGGAAGUUCUGAAUUUAGACGAGAUGAUCCGCUCUUCUGUUAGAUUCGUCAUCAAGCAAUAUAAAAAGCUGAAGGGCCACGGCUUGAUUUUAAAAGACAUUCUGAACACGACCAUGGAGCGAUAUGCCUGUUGGUGGUUCUAUGUGACUUUUACCGGCUGCGAACAGUCCUCCUCUGAUGAAGUCCGGAUUUACCAGACCCUGGUGGCCUAUUUCUUCAGGGGGGGAGAACAUGAAGUUGCAAUCCUCAGGAGGAAAAUUAUCGGUCAAGAUGAGUAUGUGGAUUUGUUACCGCCUUCCGACGAGCUUACUGAGGAGCGCACAAGGCUAAAGAAAGAGCUUAUGUCCACCUUGGACGAGGAAGAUAGACAAGUAUUUGAGCUCGAGGAAAAAAUCAAAGGUGGUGAAGUAAAUGCCCUGAUGAAGAGGAAGAAAGAGCCCAAAGCUACAGGUGUGGCCCCACUCUCUUUGGACUAGACAGAGACAACUAUGAUCAGUAUAAUUGAUUGAUGUUGUGCCUGAAAAUCAGAGAGGAGUGAUUGCGACUUGCGAGCUCUGAUCGGAAGAUAACAUGUGUUGAUGUUUCAAAGUGCUAGAACAACACUUGUCCAGCCGACGAUGGUUUACGUGGGUGGCUUUGUUCCUGCAAGACAUCGUAGUACAUCCAUUUAUAGGGAUGGCAAAGUGGACCCAAUAUUUGGGUAUUGUCCAAACUAAACUUUUUAUGAGUCAAAUCAAGUUUGAUUAAUUAUAUUUUUGGAACAUAUUCAUAUACAAUUAUUUAGUUUCGGCCUAAAUUGGACUCGUAGUAUUGGAAGUCCAAAAGAAAAU